CUAAAAAAAAUAUUUGACAGCGUACGUACAGGGGCGUCUUUAAUGACGUGUUCGCUCAGGUUGCACGCUGCUGACGUGUUUGUAGGGAAGUAGCAAGCUGGCUACCUAGCUAGCAACUUGAGCGUUAUUUUUAUUAGACGUGUGCAGCCAGUGACAGCUCAUCAUGGGAAUAAUAGCCAACGAAUUGAAAUAAUUGGCGUCAGGAGAGAAAUUGGAGCAGAGUACACAGGUGGAGUUUGCAAGACCUCAAAUAUAUUGGCAUCCACUACACCAUUCAUGCUCGAGUAGCUAAUGGUUGGAGGGCAUGCUAAAAGCUUAGAUGGCGAGUUAGCUAUCUAGAUAAACGACAAGGAAUUUGCCGUGAAGUGGAUUGAUUCCUUCAAGGGCCAUGGGCAAAUGGAGGAUGCCAGACCUGUAUAGGGCCCCCUUCCCCCUCUACACAAUCAAAGUCGACCCCAAAACAGGAUGGGUGAUCACUGCAGGAGGGGGAGGUGCUUCCAAGACGGGCAUAAAGAAUGCAGUGCACUUCCUGGGUUUGGAGUUGGUAGGAGACCAGCACUGUGCCACCCUGGUGCACUCUCAUGACACAGACACGCGUGCCACCAUGAACCUGGCAAUAGGUGGGGAUGUGAUCGCCGCAGGGCAGGACGGCAGAUGCAGCCUCAUGCGCUUCAGACAACGCCAGACCAGGGGCAAGGCCGCAGCAGGGGGUGGCAGUGAGCAGGGCGCAGCUAGGAGACGAGCUGGGAAAGGGGGUAAGGGUAGUGAGGGAGCUGCUGCUGCUAGGAGCAAUGUGUCCGAGAUGAAGGAUAACACCACCCAGAUCUCUGUUGACACGUUUGGGGAGGUGCAGUCGGACCUCAACCCCCAGGACCCCCUCCAGAAGUGUGUGAGGUUCAGUCCCGAUCUCAGCCUCCUACUGACUGGCGGAACAGACGGACACAUCAGAGUGUGGGAACUCUUUCACCAGUACCCCUCCUUAAAAGAGAAGUUGGACUUCAAAGCCCAUGAGGGGGAAAUUGAAGACUUGGACAUCAGUCCGAAUAACAAGCACCUUGUGACAGUGGGCCGGGACUUUGCCUGCAGUAUAUGGAGUGGCAACCAGCUGGCCAUGAACCUCUGUUGGCAUGAGAAGAUGCCUCAGAUAGCAGCAAAGUCAUACCGCUAUAUGGCUUGCAGGUUUGGAAAAGUCGAGGACCAGAAAGACAACAUGAGGCUCUACACCGUCCAGAUCCCCCACAAACGAGACAGAAAACCUCCACAAUGCUACCUCUCUAAAUGGGACGGCCAGAACUUCCUACCCAUGCUGACGAAUCCCUGCGGCACUGAGGUCAUCUCCACCCUGGCUGUCAGUGACUCUGGAACCUUUCUUGGCCUUGGGACAGUGACGGGAUCAGUAGCAAUCUAUAUUGCCUUUUCACUACAGAAGUUGUACUAUGUGCAGGAGUCCCACGGCAUUGUGGUGACCGAUCUGGCCUUCCUGCCUGACACUCCCAAAGGCCAGAGCCUCAAAGGGAACAACGAGGCAGCCAUGUUGAGUGUGGCUGUGGACUGCCGCUGUCAGAUGCACACUGUACGCAACCGAAGAUCCUUCCCUAUCUGGCUGGUGCUGUUCUUCUGUGGCCUCAUGGUGGUGGGAGCUGUCCUGCUCCUGCAGCACCUCUUCCCAGGAUUCAUUUAGACAUUGACAGGGAGUUAAGGAGAAGGACAGAAUCAGACUGCCCUACAACCACUACUAGCCCUACAAUCUUCAACAACAACCUCCGAGGAAGCCACCCUGACACCACUCAAUCCUGGAACACGCAUCGAUCUCCUACCUAUAGCCAUCGUACCACACUUAACCAAACCGUGGAACAUUUGAACCACACUUGCCCAACCCUGGACUACAUCUACUAUAGCCAUUUACUCCCUCUUAACCCAGCAAGAUUCCCUGCAUCAUUUAUCCCCCCCCCCUCAGUGAACCAUCUGUGCUCCUUCCACCCCCAAUUCUGUGAGACACAAGAUUUAUUUUCCUUUUUUUCUUGAUCUGUAACAAUCUUCUUUUUGCUUUUAUACCAUGGUGGGGAGUUAAGGGCUCAACUUCAGAUCUAUAUCAUCAUGAAUGUGCAAGGGGUUGGGCCUUUGUUAUCAUAGCUAUUUAAUAAAUAAUUUAAAAUUAUAAAUAUACUUAAAUCAUUGCUCUUCUGUCAGUUUCCAUCUGUCCUGUGCAUACAUAAACACACACUUGUCAUUUUAGCAAGUUGGUUGGAUAACAUUUCUGUGUGUGGAUUUUCUAUACCAGUUUCCAGUGAGGCCUGUGUUUCCUGCUUUGUCCACUAGUUGGCAUCAUUGACCAAAUGUCUAUCUAAUGUUGUUCAUCCCAGACUGGGAAGCAGGCCAGGCAACAGGGCAUCAUGACCUUCAGGAAAAACUAAAUCAAUUAGGUUGGUGGACUCCCCUUUAGCUCUAUUUCCAAUGUUGAAAGACCUGCCAAUUUGAGUUCUGCUCUGAAGGCACCUGUAAAGGAUCUCUAAUCGUCUCCUUUCAGGCCUAUUUCGACAUUAAACCAGAUUGACAGAUG